GGGCUUAGAGCCGGGAAGCUCCGCACGUUCGGCACCGGCGGGGCGAGGCGGUCAGUCUGCGGUGGGGAGGGCAGGCAGUCGCGCUGCUGGGCCAGGCCGGGCCGGGCGCUCGCACCUGCUGGGUGGCGGCCGCAGUCGGCGCAGGACGGAGGCGCUCCGCGCAGGUGUCCAAGAACACUGAUGGCAAACUUUAAGGGCCAUGCUCUCCCAGGGAGUUUUUUCUUGAUAGUUGGACUGUGGUGGUCAGUGAAGUAUCCACUGAUAUACUUCCACCAAAAGGGGAAAAGCAGCCAACUGACUCAUUACCAUCAGCGCCUUGAGAUCAUUGAAGCCGCAAUCCGAACUUUGUUUUCAGUCAUUGGGAUCCUGGCAGAGCAGUUUGUUCCAGAUGGGCCCUACUUCCACCUGUACCAUGAAAACCAGUGGGUGAAGUUGAUGAACUGGCAGCACAGCACCAUGUAUCUGUUCUUUGCAGUCUCGGGAAUCGUGGACAUGCUCACCUAUCUCGUCACCCACGUUCCCCUGGGGGUGGACAGAUUGGUUAUGGCUAUGGCAGUAUUCACUGAAGGUUUUCUCUUCUACUACCAUGUCCAUAACCGACCACCCUUGGACCAGCACAUCCACUCACUCCUGCUGUGUGCACUGUUUGGAGGGACUUUCAGCAUCUUCUUAGAGGUGAUCCUCCGGGACAACAUUGUGCUGCAACUUUUCCGAACCACUCUUGUUAUUCUUCAGGGCACCUGGUUCUGGCAGAUCGGGUUUGUGCUGUUCCCACCGUUUGGAGCACCUGAAUGGGACCAGAAAGAUGAAGCAAACAUCAUGUUCAUCACCAUGUGUUUCUGCUGGCACUACAUGGCUGCCCUCUGCAUUGUGGCCAUCAACUACUCUCUCGUUUACUGCCAUUUGACUCGGUUAAAGAGGUGCGGAGGAGAAAUCAUUGGGAUUCAGAAGCUGAAGUCAGAUCACACUUACCAGACGGCCCUCCUGACUGGCUCAGAUGAAGAGUGAGGAGGCUACCCGUCAUCAGUGCGGGGUGGACAUGUCCCUUUGAGCACAAACAGCUAGAGUGUGCAAAGGUGUAGCUUGUCUCCUCCAUUUCAAUGCUUCCUUUGGUCUGCUCUUACAGUUCUAUGUAUUUGCACUUUCUCAUUUAAUUGGCUAAAGUUUGUGUUGCUGUGGUAUCCUUCAUAAAGAAAAAUGAUGCAAGCCUUUAUUUUUGUCUCAGUAUGAAGAGAAAUCAAAGACUCUGAAAGUUUGAGAACAGGUAGUGGCCACGGGAUGAGUCUGGGAUAGGAAUCCAGCAGAACAUCCUGCUUUUGAUAACUUCUCUCUUUUUCAAAUUUCAAGAAAACAGGUACUUUCUUAUCAGAAAGUAAAUACACGAGACUGACUUUAUUUUAAAGAUAUAAUUCUACCACAUACUUCUUAAAGUAAAAUAGUUCACAAACUUUGGUACUUUAAAUGUUACUAAACAUUUCCUAAUUUGCCAUUAAUAUUCCAGAGUACUGUAAUAUUACUGAUAAGUCACGACGUUGGGCCAAAGGUAUUUUUUUGUUUUGUUUUGUUUUGUUUUUUUAAUCAGAAAGCUAGUCAGUGGCCCAGCUGAGAGCUGGAACGCAAAUGUUCUGGCUCCUCAAAAGAACUCUAAUAAGAAGACACUAACAGGAAGUCUGUAUAAUGAGGUAGAAAAAUGGCAGGUUGCCGAAGACCUUGAAUUUCAAUACAGCUGAAAGCAAAGCAUAAGAAUCGUGCAAAAGAUGUGACUCUUGAACUAGUAAUAUAAAGUCCUGACAGUCUAA